UAGAUCGAAAACAUUACAACGUAACCUUCUCUGUCGCUGUUAGAAAAUCCAGGCGUGGGUCGGGUACAAGAAAUCCACCAUCGUCAAAAUUCGCCGGGCAUCCAUCGCCGGCCGAUCCAUCAAAGCAUCCUCUGCACUCUGCUUGCUUAUUUGUUUACUUGUAAUUAUUUUACAAAAAAAAAAAAAUUAUAUUUAUUAUUAUAAAAGAAAAAGCUGUAUCGCGACUCGCUUCCAUCACACUCUCUGCGGUGAGAGUGGUACGAUGCUAAAAUGGCUCAGCACAGGCUGCAAUCGGGAGCGGACAGGUUCAUCCACCAUUCUUCUUCCAACGGCACGCCUGAUCACGUCUCCAUCGGGAUUCGCGCAGCUCCGUCGCACAAGCAGUCACGGUCUCGGCGCUCGGCUCGGUCCGACUGGGGCCGACGCGUCUCCUUCGGCGCCGUCAUCGUAAUCCUGUCCCUGGUGCUCGUCGUAACCGUCUUGGCGUACUAUUACCUUUCCAGUGACACUAGAGAUGUAAGUAAUGCUGAGAAUGAAGGAUUGAAGAAUGAUGAUUUCCUAACAAAUGUGACACGGACACAUAGGUAUAAAGUUCUCAAGUUUGGCCAGGGUUCAAUAGGGCAUGGCCGGGACUCGAGGUAUUGGGAUAGAGAUGAUAGGAGAAGGGAUGAAGAUUACAAUGAGGAUGUUGUGGAGCAUUCUAGUGAGGCUGCUACUAAUGAAGCUUCUGAUAAGGGUGAUGUUCCGACGACAUUGAUGAAUGGCAACAAGAAGUCCUCUCUUGAUGAUUCUACUAAUGGUUCAGAUCGGAGAGGCGUUGGAUUGUACAAUGAAGCUGGGCGUAGUGAAUUGAAAGUUUAUGAAGCACAAUACAAGGCCUCUUUAGAAGAUGUGGGGCAAAUAUCUUCAGAAAAUGGUAACUCAAAUCAGCUAUUUGAUGCUGAGGAUUUGAAAAGGCAGACUGAGAUGGUUGAUACUGAUGAUGAGUAUGAUGAUGGUUUUGGAUUUCAUGAUGGUAGAAAUGAAGACUAUGAUGACAAUGGGCAUGGGAAAGGGGACCAUUUUGAUGAAUCAGAUUCACACAAUGAAGAUGUUGGAGACUCUAGGGAGUCAUCUGAUCUUCUUAAUGCUGGAGACAAGAAUCAGAAUGUGGCUGAGGUGGACGAAAAGUCAACUAAUUCAUAUGACACACGGAAUUAUGAGAGUGUCAAAACAAAAUCUAGACGUGUUCGUGCCAAUGGAAAACAGUAUACAAGGACAAGGUCAGAUUCAAAGAGGAAAGCAAAGCGCCGCUCUUGUGAGAUGAAGUUCUUAAACUCUACUGCACAGCUUGUAGAGCCUUUAGAAAGUCGAAAGUUUGCUAGGUUUACCUUGCAGUACACAGAGGUAGAGGAAAAGCCCAAUGGACAAGAGCAAUGGGAUCCAAGAUUCGCAGGACAUCAAAGCCUUGAAGAAAGGGAAAAUUCAUUCUUUGCUCAUGAUCAAAAAAUAAAUUGUGGCUUGGUUAAAGGUCCCGAAGGAUCCCCAAGCACUGGAUUUGACUUGGCUGAAGAUGAUGUAAAUUACAUCAGUAAAUGCCACAUCGCUGUGAUAUCUUGCAUUUUUGGAAAUUCAGAUCGCUUGAGGACGCCGACUGGUAAAACGGUGACUCGACUGUCAAGGAAAAAUGUAUGUUUUGUUAUGUUCAUGGAUGAAGUUACCAUGCAAACACUUGCUUCAGAAGGUCUAGUGCUAGAUAGAAUGGGUUUUAUUGGCUUGUGGAAGGUUGUGGUUGUGAAGAAUCUACCUUAUUCUGAUAUGAGAAGGGUGGGAAAAAUACCUAAAUUAUUGCCUCAUCGGCUUUUUCCGUCUGCAAGGUAUUCGAUCUGGUUGGACAGCAAAUUACGUCUCCAAUUUGACCCUCUUCUGAUCUUGGAAUACUUCUUGUGGCGAAAAGGUUAUGAAUAUGCAAUUUCUAAUCAUUAUGACCGGCAUUGUGUAUGGGAAGAGGUUUCGCAAAACAAGAAACUGAACAAGUACAACCAUACCAUCAUUGAUGAACAAUUUGCAUUCUACCAGGCUGAUGGACUGAAAAGAUUUAAUGCCUCGGACCCAAACAAGCUUCUCCCUAGCAAUGUACCUGAAGGAUCUUUUAUCAUUAGGGCACACACUCCAAUGUCAAAUUUGUUCUCCUGCCUUUGGUUCAAUGAAGUUGACCGGUUCACUCCUCGUGAUCAACUGAGUUUCGCUUAUACAUACCAGAAGUUGAGAAGGGAGAAUCCUGGCAAAACUUUUCAUCUUAAUAUGUUCAAGGACUGUGAGAGGAGAGCCAUAGCUAAGUUGUUUCAUCACAGGUCAGAGGAAAAGCGGAAUAUUCGCCAAAGUGCAACCGAGUGAAAUUUAUCAUUUUGAAUAGGAAGUCGGUAUCUUUACAUUGUGCUUGGUCACACACUUCUUGAAUGUUUGGUGAAGUAUGCCCUGUAAUGUUGUACAUGUUGUAGAAGUGCUGCGUGUGGACGUGAUACAUGAACUUUGCGAUUCCAGUUCAAGGAAAGGAUAUAGCGGAUGAAGAAUAUUAUUGGCAGUCAUCCCUUGAGGUGAGGUCAAAAUUCUGCAGUAUUUUCAAGUGUCUAUGCCUCAUUAGAAACAUACAACUCCAAUAUUCUCUAGCCACAUUGUAUGCAUUUUGUUUUUCAUUUUUCCAUUCAUUGCUUUGUUUGGAUGCAAAUGAAGCACCCGGUAUCUCUAUGCCACUCUGGCGACAUCCCUUCUCACUUACAUGGUGAGUUUGUUGUUGCUUAUAAGAAAUUUUGAUUUUGUGGUUCGGAUUUGUAUUAUAAUUGGGCAAUUUUACUUGUGAUUGGCAAAUUUUGAUUGUGGUUGGUCACAA